AUGGCUCUUCUCUUCCUCAAGAAAAAGCUGUUUCCUGGACAGGAGACCAAGAUGCACACUUCAUUAGGCAAGCCCCUCCUUGCCCGCAUCGACGACGACGAGACCAUCCGCGGAGACUCGGACCAAGACUUGGAGUCGCAACGCUCUUACGAUACCUUUGGCCGCUGCGUGAGCAAUGAUGGGUCUACGAGUAGCAGCACGACACGCUCUCGCAUCAAUCCGCGUAUCAUUUCUGACGCCAUCCUCGGCUUGUCAGAUGGAUUGACUGUGCCAUUCGCCCUGUCCGCGGGCUUGUCUGCUCUGGGCAACACGAAAGUGGUCGUUUUGGGUGGCCUGGCUGAGCUCGCUGCAGGUGCCAUCUCCAUGGGCCUAGGCGGGUACGUCGGAGCCAAGAGUGAAGCUGAAUCAUAUGAAACCACAGUCCGAGAGACGCGGGAACUGAUCGAGAGUGACCCCUCUGGAACGCACAGCAUUGUCCACGACACUUUUGCACCAUAUGGGCUCUCCUCUACUGCCAUCGACGAUAUUACUCGGGAUCUACAUGCUUCGCAUGAGCGCCUGCUUGAGUUUCUGCUCGCCUUCCACCACCGUGAGACCGCACCAGACUGCAACCAGGCCUGGAUCAGCGCUCUGACUCUCGCCAUUGGAUACUUCGUUGGUGGAUUCAUCCCUCUGAUUCCGUACUUCAUCGCCUCCCAAGUCAUGACGGCACUCUACUGGAGCGUCUGUGUCAUGGGUGUGACUCUGCUUGUGUUUGGAUAUGUGAAGACUUGUGUUGUCCGUGGAUGGACUGGGCAUGACAAUGUGGUUGCAGCUAUGUGGGGUGGCGUGCAGAUGGUCUGUGUAGGAGGUGUUGCGGCCGGUGCAGCCAUUGCGCUGGUGCGCUUGAUUGACACUGGCAGUGCAUGA